UCCAAGGCAAAAAUGACUCAGAUCAUCAUGAUGAAGAGUGAAAUCAUUUCCAGAACCUGCAUCAAACCCUCUUCACCCACUCCUCCCGACCUCAGAACCUUCAAACUCUCUCUUCUUGACCAGCUCUCUCCCGCCAUCCAUGGCAACAUGACCUUCUUCUUCCCUUCGGCCGUCUUCGACGUCGCCGUCGCUGACCCAGAUUCUGAAUUCGCACGUAAAUCCCAACUCCUCCAGAAAUCCAUGUCCGAAACACUCACCCGUUUUUACCCUCUCGCUGGGAGCCUCGUAGACGCUGCAACCAUCGACUGUAACGACGAUGGCGGUUUCUUCGUCGAGGCACGAUGCAGUAGCCCGCUUUCGGACUUCCUUAGAAAGCCCAACUGGGAGACGCUCGACCUUUUACUCCCCACUACGGAUCCCGAAACCAUGGAAUUGUCCAAGGGUUCCAUGUGGCUCAUGAAGUUCACCAUGUUCACCUGCGGUGGCACCGCUGUUAGUGUUUCCCUCACCCACAAGAUCGCCGACAUGGCUGGGCUUCUCACGCUCUUAAGGAGCUGGACCGAGGCCUGUCGUGGCUCGACCCAACCGGUCUUCCCAGAUUUUAUUGGAGCUUCAAUCUUGCCACCUAGAGAGAUUCCGGGAAUGUCGGGAUCGCUGGACAUCGCCGGCGAGAAGUUCAUAGCCAGGAGGUUCGUGUUCAGUGCUCCCAAGAUCGUGGAGCUGAAAGAAAAAGUUACAAGCAUGAUUGGGCAAGAAAAAUACUAUCCAUCGCGGGUGGAGGUGGUACUAGCACUUCUCUGGAAAUCUGCAGUAUCCGUCGUCAAAUCAAAAACCGGGACAUUCAAGCCAACCGCGUUGUUCCAAGCGGUGAACCUCCGGCCCAGAAUGGAACCGCCUUUGCCGGAAACAGCGUUCGGGAACUUCGUGUGGCCGUUCUGGGUGAUCGCAGAGGAAGAGAGCGACAUGGAAAUACACCAGCUGGCGAAAGACAUGUGGAAGAGCAAGAAUUUAUUUCUCAACAACAAGGCGAACAAGUUCAAAGGCGAGGGAGGUUUCCCAGCGAUAAUAGAGGCUCUGAAGGAGAGGGGAGAGAUCUUCAAGAAUAGGAAGGAUCUGGUCAUGUACAAAUGCUCGAGUUGGUGCAAGUUUCCACUGUUCGAAACCGAUUUCGGGUGGGGGAAACCGGCAUGGAUGACGAGUGUGAACAAGCUGGUGAGUAACACCAUUUCUUUAAUGGACACGAGCUCCGGUGGAGUUGAAGCUCUGGUUACCCUGGAUGAGGAAGAGAUGGCCCUAUUCGAACGCCAUGAGGAGCUCCUGGAAUUCGCUUCCGUGAACCCCAGCAUUGUUGAUUAAUUGAUUUCACUGCGGCUUGAAUUUUAGGUUUAUUUCCAGGGUGUUCAGCAAUAAGAAAUUAAGUAUUUUUUUUUUUUUUUUUUUUUGGUUUUUGGUAUGGAUUUAAUCAAUCUAUAAUUACCAAUAAGAUUAAUAAUCAUUCUUUUUAUCCGCGCAGGGAAGAACAGAAAGGAAAAUUAGUACUGUUUAAUUAUGGAAAUUUGAAGUUUU